AUGGCCUCUCCCUCUGUUCCGACCUUUACUUUUUCUACUACUACUACUCGUUCAAAUUCAAUUCCAUCUAUUUUUUUCAAAAACCCUCACCACUUGCCGCUAAAACCCAUCUCAAAGAGGACCAGCUUAUUGGCCUUGUGCGGCACUUAUGAAGCCGCGUCUCGGGGCUUACCCAUGGACCAAUUCUUUGCACAAGACGGUGGAACCACUAAUAGGAAAGGAGAACAAGAAAACCCGAAAUUGGACGCUGCCCACUACGAAGCUCUGCUCAGAGGUGGUGAACAGGUCACGUCUGUUCUUGAAGAAAUGGUCAAACUCUUAGAAGAUAUGAACAUGGAUGAAGCAUCUGAAGAGGUGGCAGUACAUUUGGCUGCACAGGGAGUGAUUGGGAAGAGAGUUGAUCAGAUGGAAUCAGGGUUUAUGAUGGCUCUCGAUUACAUGAUUCAAAUUGCUGAAAAGGACCAGGAUGAUAAGAGGAAGUCUCUCUUGGAGAUGAUUAAGGAGACUGUGUUAUCCCAUCUCACCAAAGAAUGUCCCCCUCACGUUCAAGUGAUUGGCCUUCUCUGCAGAACUCCCCAAAAAGAAAGCAGACAUGAAUUACUUCGGCGAGUAGCAGGUGGUGGCGGUGUAUUUCAAAGCGAGAAUAAUACAAAAGUUCACCUUCCAGGGGCCAAUUUGAAUGAUAUAGCUAACCAGGCUGAUGAUCUUCUAGAGACAAUGGAAUCCCGUCCUGUUGUUCCUGAUCGGAAGCUGCUUGCAAGGCUGGUGUUGAUCAGAGAAGAAGCCAGGAAUAUGAUGGGAGGUGGAAUACUAGAUGAAAGAAAUGAUCGGGGUCUGAAUAUUCUUCCUGAAUCAGAGGUAAACUUUUUAACUAAACUUGUCGCUCUAAGACCAGGGAGAACUGUACGUGAGAUGAUAAAAAGUGUAAUGCAAGGAAAAGAUGAAGGUGCUGAAAGUUCUGAAGGUGAUGAAAGUAUCAUAGGUGAAAAAACAAGUGGAAUUGCAGGAAAGGCAAGUGUUACUGGUCGUAAAGCAAUACCUGUGCGCCCUGGCAUGUUUCUUGAGACUGUUUCCAAGGUAUUAGGCGGCAUAUAUGCAGGAAACGUUUCUGGAAUUACCGCACAGCAUCUAGAAUGGGUUCAUCAGAAUACACUUCAAAUUCUUGAAGAAAUUGCAUUCUAG